AUGUUAUCUGCUCUUGGUGCUUGUUUAAAUCCUUUAAAGAUGGUAACAUACUUCAUUCACCCACAAGAUCCAAAUCAGCGAAUCUAUGUCUUGCUGGACAUCUGUCAUAUGCUGAAGCUUGUCAGAAAUACCCUUGCAGAGUGGGGGAUAUUAAUCGACAAAUAUGGUGGAAAGAUUCAAUGGGAAUAUGUGAUACAAUUACAAAAGUUGCAAGAUGAAGAAGGCCUCAGGCUUGGAAAUAAACUGAAGAAAGCACAUAUUAAUUGGAAACAACAAAAGAUGAAAGUGAAUUUGGCUGCACAGUCUCUUAGUGCAAGUGUGGCAGAUGCCAUAGAAUUUUGUGCCAAUACAUUAAAGAUACCAGAAUUUCAGGGAUCUGAAGCAACAGUUACAUUUAUCCGAAAUUUCAAUCAACUGUUUGACAUUCUUAACUCAAGAAACCCACUUGCCAAAGGCUAUAAAGCCCCAAUGAGUUUAACCAACAAGACCACAUGGGAUCCAUUCCUUACUGAUGUGUAUGAAUACAUACUCGGACUGAAAAACACUUCUGGUCAACUAAUGUGCAAGACAAAGCGGAAGACUGGAUUUGUGGGAUUUCUAGCAGGCAUCAAGAGCAUGAACCAGAUGUUUCAUGACUUGGUCGAAUUGGAACAUGCCCCACUGAAGUAUAUACUUACUUACAAAAUGAGUCAAGAUCAUUUAGAGUUGUUUUUCGGUGCAAUUCGUGCUUGUGGUAGGUUCAACAACAAUCCCACCACACAACAGUUUACUGCAGCUUACAAGCACUUGUUGCUACGAAGCCACAUUGAAGGAGAAAACGGUAACUGUGAGAAACGAGACCCAAUAGACAUUCUUAGUGCCAAUGGUGAUUCAUGCAAUGUGAAUGGUAAGGAGGUCACAAUUACAAAUGCUGCUCUAAUACGAAAGUAUGAUCUGCUGGAGGUGAGCCAUGCUGAAAUGGAGGAUUACUCUGAUUGCCCAAAUAUUUCUACAAUAUCUCCAUACAAGAAAGCUGCAAUCUCCUAUAUAGCUGGAUAUGUGGCAAAGAAAGUCAAAGCCAGUAUAAUUUGUACCAAAUGUUGCGAGGCGCUUGGUUCGGAAAGAACACAUGCUGCUUCCAGUUUCCUUGCUCUAAAGGAUCGUGGAGGACUAUUCAUGCCAACACCGAGUGUGUUUAAA